AUGUCAUCCAAUCAGGUUAAUACAAUGAGUGACAAUACUGAACGGCCACCAGUUGAAGUGACUGAUUGGAAUGAAUUAAUUCAAUAUGUACAAUAUUUAUGUCGUAAUACUGACAAAAAGUUUAAAAUCUGUAUGGUUGAUGAAGAACAAGAAGAAAUUCGAAUUGAAAAUAAAGAUGAAUUCGAUACAAAUGUUAAAUAUGCUCGAGAUCAUGGUCUUAAAUCACUUAUACUUAUUAUUUAUAUUGGUGAUGAACGUAAAUUUGAUGGAAUAUAUCAUAUACGUAAAUCAAAAGAAGAAUUAAAUAUUCCAAAAACAAGCGGUUUUCCUCUUGAUAAACUUCAAAAUCUUCGAGGAAAUGUUCUCGUUGAUAAAUGGUAUAUACCAGUUAAAUCAGAAGAAGCAUUAGGUGUUUGUCUUACUGCAGCAAUUAAAUUAGCACAAGAAGGCAAACUUGAUACAAAUGUAGAAUGUAAACAAUUUAUUGAAACAAUUGUGCCUGAAGCUUUUCGAAAAUUACAAACUACACAAUCAGUAUUUUCUUGGCCACGUGAAGUUCAAUAUGGAACAUUUGAUAUGAUAGAAUUAUUAAUUGAUUUAGUUGGUACUCGUCUUCGUUAUCCACCUGUACCAAUUACAUUAUUAAAUACACUUGCCAUAACAUUUGAUACAAAUACAACAUUUUCACAAAAACAUAAAGAUGAACAAUUACCAACACGUCGCAUUUAUAAAUUAGAUGAUGAAGAAUUUUUACGAAAAAGUUUUAAUAAUAAAACGGGAACAUAUGGUUGGCUUCGAUCAUUUAUCCAACGUUUCAUUGCACAAAAUGGUUUAAAAAAUCUUCGAGCUCAAUUUGAAUAUAUUAACAAUUCAAAAUCAACAACAACAACAGCAAUGGAAUACAAUUGUUUACUUAAAUUAUUUUCAAAAUGCUAUCAAUGUAUUGAAGGACGUCAUUUUCGUUUAUUAUUUACUCGAUCAAUUCGUCAAGCAAUUAAAUAUUUUCUUGACGCAAAAAAACACAAGGAUGAAUCAAGUACACAUUUAAAUGAAUUAAAUGAAACAUUAAUUGAACUAUGCUUUAAUUAUGAAAUGAACGAUGAAGUUAAUGCAAUACUUGAAUUAUUAACAGUACCCAUAAACGAUGACACACCAUUAUUAUCAACACCAAUUGCUCCAUUAAUAAUGCCAUUAGAACAAUUGACAAUAACGAAAAAAUCUAAAAGUCAGGAUAAUGAUGAACGACUUGCUGAAGAUAUGAAUUCAUUAACAAUGAAUAAUGGCGAUGCUGAACGAAAAAAUAUUAAAAAACAACGUACAGAGGAACAAGUAAUAACACCUUUAUUUUCACGCAAUCAUCCGACUGAUUGUACUACUGAUGAUUUAUUAUCAUCAUCAGAAAAACGUUCACUUAAACGAAAACAUCGUCGAGAACAACAACGUCAUAUUGCUAAAAAAGAAAAUAAACGAUCAAAUACUAUGCCAAUUAAAACUUAUGAUCGAUCAAAUCCAGAUGAUAUUAUUCGUUUUUUUGGACCCAUGACAGUAAAAGUUGGAAAUCUUUAUGAUCAGCUUCAAACAGCUACAUGUAAUGGAAAUAUACGUGAAGUUUUAAAAAUUGAAGAAAAACUUAAAUUACUUCGUCCAUAUUCGGCUCGUUUUGUUGCUGAUGAAAAUACUCCUGAUGGAACACCUAUGCAACCAGGACAAGUAUUUCGUAAAGGUUGGAUACUUCUUAAUGAUGGUUCUAUGCCAUGGUCAAGUGAAGAUAUACAGCUCGUCAAUUUAGCUGAUGGUAUUAAAGUUGUUAAACAACCUGUUAUUCCUGUUACUGCACCGCAUGAUCGAGUACUUAUAACCGUUGAUUAUAUGUGUGCUCAUGAACCAGGCACUUAUGAAAGUAAAUGGAUUCUUUCUUAUCGUCAUCAAACAUUUGGUCCAAUGAUUUGGUGUUCAAUAGAAGUUGGUUCUUCAACAGUAACAAAACCGACAAAUACAUUAAAAGAAACAUUCGAAGUAGUUGAUGUACCAUUACCAGCUUGUUUCGAUUUAUCAAAACCGUAUCAAUUAACAUCAAGCAAUAGUUCAUCUCGUUCAAGCUUUAUUUUGCCUCGUACAAAUUCCACGGAUACACAAUCGGAACCAUUAGUUGAUAUUUUCACAAAUUCAACAUCUAGUGAUAAUGAUAGCCUUUCAACUUUUAUGCGUUCACCAUCACCAAUAUUAACAAAACCAGAGGAAUCAUUAUUAAUUGAAAUACCCGCGCUUACCUCCACAAAUAAUAAUCAAGAACAUCAAGAAUCACCACGAUCAAGUCAAUCAAUGGUUUUUGUUGAUACGGUUGUAACAAAUAUAUUCAGUGUUGCUAAACAAGCAGGUUCAACAGCUAAAGCAAUUUUUAAUACAUUACAAGCAAAUGAUGAGACAACUCAAUCUCAUCAUCAUCAACAACAACAACAACAACAACAACGAACAUUGGUUAAUACAAGAAAUUCAAGUGUUGAUGAUUUUUUUGAACAUGUUGAUUAUAGUGAAACAACGAAUGGAAAUUUAAGUUUAUCAAAUGAUCCAAUGGAAAUAUUAAUUGAAAUGGGUUUUGUUAAUCGUGAAAAAAAUCAACGUUUACUUGUAGAAAACAAAAAUGAUUUAAACAAAGUCAUCGAGUUAUUAGCCGACGAUGACAAUGAUGAUGUAGAUUAA